AUGAGUUCCGGGAUACCACAAAAGGAGGAGCCAAUCAUAUCUCCGUCGGCUAAUACCAGUGGAAAACGACGAAUUGAGAUGGAUGUUAAGAAAUUGAUUGUAAAAAAGCAUGAUGUGCAAAUGAUGAACAACGUCAACGAGUUUGUCGUCAAGUUUCAUGGCCCAAAAGAUUCUGUGUACGAGGACGGUGUGUGGAAGAUUCGUGUCGAGUUGCCCGACAAAUAUCCGUUUAAAUCUCCAUCGAUCGGUUUUUUGAAUAAAAUAUUCCACCCGAAUAUCGACGAGGCUUCCGGAACAGUCUGUUUAGAUGUCAUUAAUCAGGCGUGGACCGCCCUGUACGACUUGUCCAACAUCUUCGAAGUGUUCCUCCCCCAACUGCUACAGUACCCCAACGCAGCGGAUCCGUUGAAUGGUGAGGCGGCGAGGAUGUAUAUGCAUCGGCGAGAAGAAUACGAUCGAGUUGUUAGAGAAUACGUCGCCCGUUUCGCCACGGAAAAAAAAACCGUCCGUCGACCCGUCGACACCUCCGAAAACCGACGAACCCGUCGCGUCGACGUCUUCUGA